GUUAGUGUUGUACAUUUCGGGUUGUUGGUUGUAAUUGUGUUUUAGUGUACGCUUGGCUGGAACGUUGCUGUAUUUCUCAUAUGCACACGAUAUUUACUAACCAAUUAUAGUGACAAAUUGGUAAAAAAAAAUAUAUAUAUAAUUGCCAUUCACCAGCAAAUUAUACAACGCUAACCAAUUUAAAGUGGUGAAUAAAAGCGAAAAACAAAGAGAGAGAGAAAAAAAGAAAAAAUAGCGUGAAAACGAAGCCGAGCAAAUAAUUAACUGCAAAAAAGUAAGCAUUCAUCAACAAGCGAUAACGGUUAAAUUAGUGUGCGGCAUAAAUCAAAGCUACAUAUAUAUAUAUAUAUAAUAUAAAAUAAAGGAAAAUUGCGGUAUUUCAUCAAUAGUCAUCGAAUAAUAGCAAAAUUUUACAAAUUUAUUGUUCGUCAGAAAAGCUGUUUGUUGGAUUGGUACAUUUGGGUCAUAACUGCCAGGCAAACAAAUUUGAAUAUUUCAUUUAAAUUCAGGAAUAUAAUAUAUAAAUAACAAUACAAAUCGGCAGCAUGUCACUGUUUGGCGGUAACAGUCAUUCCAUUUCCGAAGAAGAAAUCGACGAAUACUCUGAUGGCACCGUUAAGCUGCGUAAUUCCAAUAUCGAAUUAAUGGAUCAAGACAUACUCUAUCACCUUGCCCUGGGUAGUGGCAGUCAUGAUUUGCAGGAAAUGUUCGGUGAUGUUAAGUUCGUUUGCAUGGGCGGAACACCAAAGCGCAUGGAAAACUUUGCACAUUUCAUAAUGUCGGAAAUAGGUUACAAAUUACCCGCCGGUACGAAAUUGGAAGACAUCAGCGCCUAUUCAUAUCGAUACUCAAUGUACAAAGUAGGUCCGGUGCUUUGCGUCAGUCACGGCAUGGGAACACCCUCUGUCAGCAUAUUGCUGCAUGAAUUGAUCAAACUUAUGUAUCACGCCAAGUGUCAAGAUCCUGUAUUUAUACGUAUUGGCACUUGUGGUGGUAUAGGAGUUGAAGGGGGUACCGUUAUCAUCACCGAAGAAGCACUCGAUAGUCAUAUGCGGAAUGCACACGAAUUUACAAUUUUGGGUAAAACUGUACUGCGACCUGCCAAAUUGGACAAGAAGUUGGCACGUGAGUUGAAAGCUCUGGCCAGCGAAGAUGAUCCUUAUGAUACAAUUAUCGGCAAAACUCUUUGUACAAAUGACUUCUAUGAAGGUCAAGGUCGCUUGGAUGGCGCAUUCUGUGAAUUUAGUGAAGCUGAAAAAAUGGAGUAUUUGGAAAUGCUGGGCAGCAAAGGUGUGGUCAAUAUUGAAAUGGAAAGUACCAUUUUUGCUGCACUUACAUAUCAUGCGGGCAUUAAAGCGGCGGUUGUUUGUGUUGCACUGUUGAAUCGUUUGAAUGGCGAUCAGGUCAACGCACCCAAAGAGGUAAUGCAUGAAUGGCAAAAUCGGCCGCAAACACUCAUCUCGCGUUAUAUUUGCAAGACGCUGGCGCUGAAGGGGCAAUUGAAAUCGCUCUCACGAGGCUCCAUAAAAUCACCAAGGCGUUUCAAAUUAGUACAACAAGAGUCACAAGCGCAUGAGUAAAUUCAUCAUGCGCCUUUUUUUUUUUUAAAUAUACUAACGAAUAUACAUACAUACACGCAUAUUAAACAUAUUGACAUAUUGACGAAGAUCACUUGUUGCCAGUUCAACUUGCCAGUCAGAAGCGGUUAAUUGCCGCGCAACACAUUGCACUAGAUAUAAUAUAUAAUAUAAUAAAAACAUGCACAUAUUUAUGAAAAAUAUAUAUAUAUAUAUAUUACAAUUAAUGGCCUAUAUA